AUGCACGUCCAUCGCAAGAUCGCCCUCGUCGACCAAUCUGCUUCGUCUUGCUUGUAUGCGCAGCCGGCCGACAACAUUGUGCCCUUGGCCACGGGCUGCCGGUCGGCAUGCGUAUACAUCUCGCCGGCUUCUCCUGCUGCUCUCCAAGUGGUGGGCGAUGGGGUGUGCCUGCGGAUGGAGCAGCAGUCAAUGCCUGUCUGGAUGAACCCGUAUGACCUCCUCGGCAACGAGGAUGGUGACGUGGACGCAGCUCCCACACAGGCCGCUGGUCGGAUCACCAAGGAUGCCAAGCCCCAGGCUGCUCCUCGGCGCACGGCUGGCAACGAUGCCGUGCCAGCCUUCCGUGACCGCAACGCCGGCAGCGACCGCAACCGGGUGAAGUCAACAGAGGAGGCGCCGCGCGGCGGUGCUCGUGGUGGCCGGGAAGCCCGUGUCCGUGGUGGUCGUGGCGGCCGUUUCCCCCGCGAGCGCGAUGACCGGCACUCGAAGGGUCUCCCUGGUGCAUCGGAGAAGCACGCCGGUGGCCACACUGAGGGCGAUGCGGAGAAGCGGGACGAGGAUGCUGGUGCGGCCAUCGCUCAGAGCGACGAGAAGGCUGCCGCGGUCGAGGAUGCCGCUGCGGUCGACGAGGAGCCCGAGGAGAAGCAGGUGACGCUGGAUGACUACCUCGCCCAGCAGGCCGAGAAGAAGCUGAGCCUGGACGCCCAGCUGGCGGUGCGCCAGGCCAACGAGGGCACCAAGCUGGACAAGAAGUGGUCGUCGGCCAAGCCCCUGGUCAAGGAGGACGACGACGACUUCAUCGCGGGCUCGAGCGGCAAGGCCAAGCGCGAGCGCGAGCGGAAGGUCAAGCAGGUCAUCGAGAUUGACCAGCGCUACGUCGAGCCCGAGCGGCCGGCCUUUGGCGGUGCACGUGGCGGCCGUGGUGGCCGUGGCGGCGCCCGUGGUGGCGAUCGUGGCGGCGACCGUGGCGACCGUGGCGACCGUGGCGACCGUGCUGACCGUGGCGACCGUGCUGAGCGCGGUGAGUUCCGCGGUGGCCGUGGAGGUCCCCGUGGUGGUCCUCGUGGCGGCAGCCGUGGCCGUGGUGAGCCGCGCGGUGCCUUCCGUGGUGCCGCUGCUCCCCAGGGCGCGAUCCGGGGCGCUGACCUCAAUCCCAAGGACGAGAACGCCUUCCCCAGCCUGGGCAGCAACUAG